AUGGUGCUACUCUCCCGAAGAGAUGACUCUUUCUUCCAAGAACAAUUUGAAGGUACAUUGAAUCUGACUGACUCUGGUUUAGCGGCAGAAAACAGCAUGAGCUACAGUGAUGUCAGUGCCAAUAAUAAUUUUGGUAAUCCUUUCAAAUCAUUUUCAAUGCUCUGGUUCUUCAUAUUUGGUGUUUGGGAUCCUAUCAACAAUGGAGACGCUGGUGAUGACUAUAUGGUCAUGGUUUUGGCCAUCUUGUUUUCAUUCCUCACUGCGCUUAUAUUCUUUAAUCUUGUCAUCGCUCUCAUGUCGAGCAAAGUGGAAGAGGUAAGAACUCGUGGUAAAAAAGUUUGGAUCAGUCAUUUUGCUGCUGUUGUAGCAGAAAUCGAGCAACUAUGGUGUACCAAGUAUGAGAAUCGCUGCCGUAAAAACAAUCCCACUUUCAUCUAUUACAUUGCGAAAACGAGCGAUAUCAAAAAGAAAGAGGAAAGAUUGAAAGACGACACAGACGAGCUUAUCAAACAAUUGAGACAAGAUCAAGCCGAAAGAAAUAGAAAGUCAAGACCCAAUUAUAUCAAAUCUGUGGAUGAUCUAAAACAUAUGAUCAAGGAGGAUACUGACAGGCUCAUUGAACAAUUGGAGAAACGUGAAAGAAAUGUCGUUUUUGGCCAUAACAACUUGCUACAGGAUGUCAAAGAGAUCAGCGCUCAACUACAAAAAGAUGCUGAUGAGCUCAGAAAGAAAUUGGAUGAAUUAACUAGCAUGUAG